AUGGGUCCCAUUACUUCUGGGAGCAAGGCCAAAAAGCUUGCGGCUGGUCCGGAACUAGCAGCUCUGCUACCACAAGACCCCAAACCAUGGUAUCUCACGAGGCAUCUGUUGAUGUUGAACCUCGUGCUUAUGGUUCCUCUCUUCUCAACAGCCAGCAUUGGCUAUGAUGGCUCAAUGAUGAACGGUCUCCAAUCUCUCCUCAUCUGGCGCGCCUACUUCAAGCACCCAACAGCCUCCAUCCUCGGCACCAUGAACGCCGUCUACCCCAUCGGAAAGUUCUUUGGUGUAUUCUUUACCGCGUGGAUGGGUGAUCGAUACGGCCGCAAAUUGCCAAUGUGCAUCGGCUUCCUGCUGCUCAUCCUUGGCGCUGGUCUUCAAGGCGGUGCAAAGAACGUAGCUAUGUUCAUCAUCGCACGAUUGAUCUUGGGCUUCGGGACUGCAUUUGUAGCACAGCCGAGUCCAAUUUUGAUUGCCGAACUAGCCUAUCCGCUGCAUCGAGGCAGAAUCACGGCUAUCUACUACAGUACUUACUACGUCGGCGGCAUUAUCGCAGCAUGGGGCACAUAUGGCACAUCCCACCUCCACACUCAGUACUCCUGGCGCAUCCCCUCGUACAUCCAAGGUGCCCUCCCGGUCAUCCAACUCCUCUUCCUCUACUUCGUCCCAGAGUCACCUCGCUGGCUCAUUGCCAAAGGCCGCCAUGCCGAAGCCCACGCCAUUCUCUCCAAAUACCACGCGGGUGGCGACACCGCCUCGCCCCUCGUCGCCUUCGAGCUCGCCGAGAUGGAAGGCUCCAUCCAAACCGAGCGGACCGUCACCUCCGAAACCAACUACCUCGACCUCUUCCGCACGGCGCCAAACCGCCGCCGGACGCUCAUCGCCAUGAUCGUCGGCUUCUACGGCACCUGGUCCGGCAUCGCCAUCAUUGCCUACUACCUCACCCUUGUGCUUGACACCAUCGGCAUCACCGACACGUCCAGCCAAGUCCUCAUCAACGGCCUGACCCAAGUCUUCAACCUGCUCAUGUCCAUCACCAGCGCGCUCCUCAUCGACCGCAUCGGCCGCCGCCCGCUCUGGCUCGUCGCCGUUGCCGGCAUGCUGUGCUCCUACAUCGCCUGGACCGCGCUCUCGGCCUCCUUCGCGCACACGCACGACGCCGCCACCGGCCGCGCCGUGCUCGGCUUCAUCUUCCUCUACAAGCUCUUCUACGACGGCAGCUUCUCGCCCAUGCUGCUCGCGUACCCGAUCGAGAUUUUUCCGUACACGCUCAGGGGCAGGGGGGUCACGGUGAGUAUUGCGACGAAUCAGGUCGCGUUGAUUGUGAGCCAGUUUGUGAAUCCGGUUGCGUUGACCAGGAUUGGGUGGAGGUACUAUAUUGUGUUUUGUGUGCUGUUGGCGGUGUUUUGGGGGCUGGUGUGGUUUUUGUUUCCCGAGACCAAGGGGAGGAGUUUGGAGGAAAUUGCGGAGGUGUUUGAUGGGAGGGGGAUUUCGGUGGGAAGCUGGAGGAGGACAGGGAUGAGGAGGAGGAGGAGGAGGGUGGGAAGGGGGUGGAGUUUAGGCAGGAGGUUGUAA